UCGUUGGCAGAAGAAAGAAAAUCCGGGGUUUAGCGAUGGGGUGACGGGUUUUUGGGCUCCAAGCCGGCAUCUGGUAAACCCACAUAGUCAGUUUCCUCCUCCAUGGCCUCUUUCUCCGUUACCUCCGUCGCAGCUUCUGGGACGACUUAUUUAAUUCCAUCAAAAUUUCUCAGUACACAAAAAUGGCGUAAUUCUUUUCCCACGAAACCCAAGUGGCAGCUAAAGAGACGAAAGUUCUUGGCUCCAUGCUCCACUUUUGAAGCCAGUGGAGGUUUUCCAGUGGAUCAAGAAAGUAGCAGCAGUAGUGGUUCAAGGCAAGAAAACCAAAACUGGGGCCCAUCCCAAUAUGAAUCUCUACUCAAAGGUGGUGACCAGGUUACCUCUGUCCUAGAAGAGAUGGCCAAGCUCUUGGAAGACAUGAAUAUGGAUGAAGCAUCUGAGGAGGUGGCAGUACAAUUGGCUGCCCAAGGAGUUAUUGGGAAGAGAGUGGAUGAAAUGGAGUCAGGGUUUAUGAUGGCCCUUGAUUACAUGAUCCAGAUUGCCGAAAAGGACCAGGAUGAAAAACGCAAGUCACUGUUGGAGGUGAUCAAGGAAACUGUACUAUCCCAUCUUACCAAGAAAUGUCCCCCUCAGGUCCAAGUAGUUGGAUUGCUCUGCCGAACUCCUGGAAAAGAAAGCAGACAUGAACUUCUCAGGCGAGUAGCUGCAGGCGGCGGUGUAUUUGAAAACAAUAGUGGCACAAAAAUCCACCUUCCUGCAGCAAACCUGAAUGAAAUAGCUUGCCAGGCUGAUGACAUUCUAGAGACAAUGGAAACCCGUCCUGUUGUUCUUGACCGCAAGUUACUUGCAAGGCUUGUUUUGAUACGAGAAGAAGCCAGGAAUAUGAUGGGAGGUGGGAUACUAGAUGAAAGAAAUGAUCGUGGUUUUAGAACUCUCCCUCAGUCAGAGGUCAACUUUUUAACCAAGCUUGUAGCUCUGAGACCGGGGAAAACUGUUCGUGAGAUGAUAAAAAAUGUUAUGCAAGGAAAGGAUGAAGGUGCUGAUGAUUCCCCUGGGAAUGAGGAGAUUGGCAGUGAGGGAAGGAUCUCAAGUGGGAUUGCAGGAAAGGCUAGCGUUACUGGUGUGAAACCGUUACCUGUUCGCCCUGGAAUGUUUCUUGAGACAGUUUCCAAGGUAUUAAGUGGCAUAUAUGCAGGGAAUGUCUCUGGCAUUACAGCACAGCAGUUAGAAUGGGUUCACGAGAAUACGCUACAAAUUCUUCAAGAAAUUGCAUUCUGAUUUUCAUUACAGCAAACAAAGAUGCCGUACAUAAAUUUUUGAAUAAUGACUUAGGCUGUAGUGUUGUAGACAUGUCAAUGCUUGUAGUUGUAGACAUGUCGAUGCUUUUAUGGGAUUAUAGAACAAAAGGCAUCACAAUCUUUGUACAUAUGGACAUAUCAACUACAUUUCAGUGCCCCUUUUUGGGUGUAAAAAUAUCUUCUUCCCUUUUA